AUGGUGCCGGCGGGGCAGGAUUCCGUCAGCCCCAAGCUGCUCCGGGACGGCAUGCCGGACGGCAGCCCGGAGCCCCCGGGCCUCUGCCCGCUAGACGUGGACAGCCUGCCCCCGGGGGAGAUCUCUACGGUGAUGCGACGCUCCAGGGGCGUCCUGCAAGGGUCGCCGCCGGUCUCCGCGUUCGCGGCGUCGGUCACGCCCACCAUGGUCCGCGAGGGGCGCGAGGGGGCCGGCAUGUACUCCAACGCGGACGGCCAGGCGAAGGGGAAGAAAAAGUCCUUCUUGAGGGCGGUGUGGGACUUCCUGUUCUUGGUGAUGCAGACAUCGUCCAUCCACGGUUUCAACCACCUGACCGAUGACAAGCGACAUUUCUUUGAGCGCAUUGUGUGGACGGCCUUCGUGCUGUUGGGGCUGUACGGCGCCGUGGUGGUGUCGCUGUCGACGUGGGACCACUACCAGGAGAACCCCACCGUCAUCGCCAUGGAGCGCGACUACAAGGAGUGGAACACGUCCUUCCCCUCCGUCACCAUCUGCCCCACCAUCAAGUACGACGAGGAGAGCGUGGAGAGGGUGGCGGACUCGUUGACUCACAUCCAGGACAAGGAACGCCUCAAGCUGUUCCUCAUGACGCUGGCCAACGCCACGUACACGACCUUCAGUGACGUCAUCGACGACUUCAACGACCAGAUCAAACCCUCGGACUACAUGGACCUCGUGCUGGCGGUAAAGCUGGAGUUCUCCUACUCUGUGAGCGGGAGCAACGAUGAGGCCAGUGCCCAACCGCUGCAGCCCACCAUCACGGAGCACGGCAUCUGCUACGCGUUCAGCUCGGACGUCGCUGUAUACUUCGCACCUGAGCACUUCAAGGCCAAAAACAGCAGCCUCAUUGACAGAGGGUGGUCGUACAAUGGCAGUCCACUGGAUGGCAAAUGUCGCGCAGUCGUAAUGAACUCCGGGACUUACCCCUUCAAGAUAUGCGACGUGAAGGGUUUGCACUGCCUGGAUAAGCACAAAGUCUUGAUGUCGACGCUGAAGGACCCUGUGACCAACAAGAAGGUGGACUGCAAGUGCCUGCCUUCGUGCGUCGAGGUCAACUACAUCUCCGAAAACGACCACACCAUACCGUGGUUCAUGGGCACCUGCCUCAAGUGGGGGAUGAACAAGUACCCACGCAUGCGACUCAAGCGGGAUGUCCUUUUCGGCUUCAUCGACGUCCUGGUGGCCGUGGGGGGAACCGCCGGCUUGUUCCUUGGCUGCUCCGUCCUCAGCAUCGUCGAGAUCAUCUACUUCUUCACGCUCAAGGCCUUCUUCUACGUGAAGGAGCACUACAAGGACACGCCGGAGGACGAGGACGGGGAGCGGCCCGAGUCCGUGGACAGCGGGCAGCCCAUCGUGCCCCGCAUGUUCGCCGCCGCGAGGAGCUUCUCCACCGUGCACCUCCACUGUUAGCCACAGUGGGCCAGAAGACCGGCG